AAUCCGGCUGUCCCGGUUGUAAACAGGUCGUUUUCGCAAUCUGGGCAGAACAGUGCCAAGUAGACCCAAAAUUCCGUCGUCCUCCAAUCUAGCAAUGGCACACUUUUUUGCUGUGUUACUGUGCGUUUACGUUUUAUACCUUUCGCAGCCUGGAACUUCUCUGUUCUCAUGGCAUCCAACAUUUAUGGUGAUCGGAUUUGGCCUUUUCAUGUUUGAAGCGAUUUUGAUGUUCUCUCCACAUAGUUCAUUUUUGCAAUCCGCUGACCGUAAAACGAAAGGAAAGUUUCAUUGGAUUUUACAAAUUUGUGCUGUAGUUUGUUUACAUCUUGGAUUUUCUGCCAUAUACUACAACAAGGUACAAAAUAACAAACCACACUUUGUAUCAUGGCAUGGCAAAGUUGGAUUAAUUGCUGUUGCACUGGCUACAUUUCAAUCCAUGGCUGGCUUCUCUCUGAUAUACAAUUUGUCGUUCCUGAAUCCUAUGGGAACAUCACUUGCUAUUCGUAAAAAAAUGCACGCUUUGUUUGGCACAGUGGUGUUUGUUUUGGGAUGUGCAGCCUUGUUUUUAAGUUUGUAUUCUAAUUUUGUAUUAAAUAAUGCAGGCACUGUAACGUGGUAUAUUUUGUUAGGAUUGAUUACUGUAAUGGUGUCAGUGGUUGUCAACCAAACUGCUGAUGUUUACAUGUUUAAGAAGAAAUCUUCGACCUAGCUUGUGUUGUUACUUUAUAAUGGUUGUUAGUUUUUAUUGCAAGUAUUUUGCAAGUCCAAGAUUAACAGUAAGAUUUUUCAUGGACAUUAAUUUUUAAAACCAAGACAGUCACCACUUAAUUAUAUAUUUGGUUUCUUUUUUUAUUUCUUGGCAAGUAAAGAAACAUCACAAGAAAUAAACUGAAAAUUUUUUUUCAAAAUGUUGCAAGCUUCGACUAAUGUGAAUCGGGAUUUUGAUUAGCAAAAUGCUUUAAAAAAAUAUGGUGCUGCGGUUAAUAUAAUUUUACAUUUUAUUCCACUGCAUGAGUCUACCUACUUCCACAGGGAUUAUAAUGUGUUGUUUUUAUGAAGAAAGUGUGUAAAAAAAUUAGUUUCUAUUGUCAAAUAUUUAUUUUUAGUUAAUAGAAACUAAUUAUAUAGCAGUGAUUUUUUUGUUUAUUCCUACUUAUACAUUUUUUGUGUAAAGAUAAUAAAAUCAAUAUUUCUCACAAGUUCUGCAUUAGUUGUGUCAACAAAAUUGAAAAAGUAUGGUCAACAUUUGUAUCAAUGCAGUAAGAAAUGAUAUACUUUUAACAUAACCAAAGUUUAUUUUGUGAUUUUAUUAAUUGUGAUUUAAUUGAUUUUAUGCUAGCACUUUAUGUAAUUAAUGAUAAGCAAUGUUUGCAUCCUUUGUUGCUCUGCAGUAAGGAAUUAAUGAUUUAA